AUGACAACAACCCACGACAUCACCAUCAGAUCCGAAGCUGUUGGCAUUGGCUCCACAGUGUCCAAGAUCAACAUCUGCCCCCCAGAUACCCUGGUCUGCAGCAAGAGCCGACAUUAUGUCUGCACUCUCACCAAGCUGCACGGCCCUAACGGUCUCUUUAUUAUGAUGUACGAUCGUACCUGGGUUGAUCAUGACCACCACAACGACGAUUGUAUUGGGUCCAGCACACCCUCUACGACUUACGAUUUGAAGGAACACCCUCAGGCGUGGAAGAGCCGCCUGGAUUCGCCACUCCCUUCGCACACUCCACCGAAUACUCUGAUCGAGGCACAUACACCAGCACUCGACGUCGCUGACGGAUCAUCUCUGCCGUCAGGAUGCGGACACCGGGUACAUAACGUCGACGGCGUUCGGAAAUGGCAUCGGAUCCGGGCUGAGAUGCUGCGUCAAGCGGUCAAUGAAUGGCAUAAAAGCCUUUUAUUGGAUCAGGUGCUGGAGCACUAUGAAAUGAGCGGCAGUAGGAGACCGACAGCAAGGCUUGCAACGCCGUUGAGUCAGAGCAGUAAGGUCACUCAGCAUCAUUACAUUCAGCAGGAUUGUUGUCCGUCAACGCCGCCCAUUCGACACCCGAACCAGAGCAGCGAGGACGGUUUCUGGUAUGUACUCAUGCAGAUCGACUGGGAUGCUAUUUGGUCUCAGGGACUGGCGACCGGGUGGGAUACCAUUGCCAGAGCAGGGGAACCCUUGUGGAAAGAAGAUGCAACUUUGGAGACGAAUGACGUUCCAGCUGACACUCCGCACCAGUUCUCUGGCGAUUCUCACCACAAUCACCUCGGCGCCUCAGGAACCACAACCCACUUCGACAAAGAAGACCCUGCAGUCGACACCUUCCCCUCUUCAGCCGGCAUUCGAAUCAAGCUCCUCCAACCCAAGCAAACCAAUCCACGGCUCAAGUUCCCAACAGUCUAUGAGAUCGACUCCUACAGCAAGGACGAGGAAGGAGGGAAGUUGUUGAAUGGAGAUCAAGGGAUACCGCUUUCUCGCCAUCCUUCUGGGCAGGUCAAGGUCAUUCGGUCGCCGAUUUCGGAGCACUUUUUACAGGAAAAGGACUUUGUUACCAGGAAGUCGAUCAACGACAGGGAGGAGGUGAUGGCUACUCUGGAUAACCCAUCCACUGCUGAGGUUAGUUCUCAAGUGCAGGAGAUGAGCCGGUAUUGCAGCUUUUAUGCCGACUUACCUGAAGACUCGACACCAUACCAGGACACGGCAGUUCUCCAACAAGCUUCGUCUAGCACCACCUCACUGCGACCGAUGACAACUCUCCAUACCGGCUUAACGACUACAACGACCCCGUCGGCAUCCACACCAUUUGCGUCCAUUAGGUUGCGAUCGCCCGAAAUCCAGCCAGAUUCGGUCAUUGUCCACGCGCAUCCCAGCAGAGGCCAGGACGAACAUUUAUGCCUCGGGUCCAAUGCGGUUCCUGUCUCAAGGCCAAAGUGUCGUUCUCUUCGUACCAAGCAGUUUCCGCCCUCCAAUCCUGUCAGCCGCUCUAAUGAGCGACAACCCCAGGACACAAACAUAUCCGAGUUCCUGAAGUUACACCAGUGGGCUCGCACCCCUCGACACCAACAAGAUCAACACAUCACAAGGAAGGGACACCUCUCGAGUCAUUCUCCAUCUGCAACCACGACACCCCAGGACGACCAAGUCAACAACCUAGCGACAAUAUGUUUAGACGGAGGAAGUACUCUGAAGAGAAGUAGUCUGAGAAAAUUGACUUCCAUUAAGGAAGAGGCAGCUCUAGAAAAAGAACCACAUCAGGAGCAGGAACAGCACAUGCGGCGCAGGAACGGGAAACAGUUCUUUGAGGAUGCUCGCUGCAUCAAACCUGAAAAAUAUACAAUAACCGACGACCUUCUGGACCAUCAGCCUCAGGGGGAGCUUCCUCCACAAGCCAAAGGAGGAAGAGUUGCCGAGAGGUGGAAGCCUUGUCUGACAACCAUUCCGAGUGAGCAAGUCUUGGAGACCGCAGAGUCUUUGUCGUCACCUACCUCGCCCCUCAGUCCUUCUACAACAGCAACAGAGACGACUGUUCUACAGGCGAGUAGGAGGCACCUGACUCAUUUUGCUGAUGGGCAUGACCCUCGAGUAAACUCUGGCUCUCGCGCGUCACCGAUUCAUAUGCCAACCAAGAUUUCUUCAGCAACCUCGACUGCUUCAGGAUCAACCAGCCCUACUCGAUCAUCCGCAGGACCCACCAUUCCGAACCGCCGUCCGUCAGGAAACAGCACCCUCCCAUCGAUCGCCUCCAUCCUGAAGAAACCCACACGCGCUAGUUGUACUACAGGCAACGACAGUAUCGAUAGGAAAAUGUCCUUUCCAUCGAUGAUCAGGGACCCGAGUAAGCCUCAGGAGCGGAGCCGAUUGAUUGAGAAGGGCGUCAAGUUUGUGUCCGACCAUGCACCGCAUUCGGUCCGACUCGACAAGACGAUCGAAUUGAUCCGACUUGCCAGGCUGCCACUGCAAGACAUCGCUUCCACUGCAACUAGAGCGGUGUCAGCUUUGCCUAGUCCGACUUCACCAAUAGGCUCUGUAUUUUCCCAGUCAACCAUCUUGACAUGUCCAACCACGCCAACUACGCCCACAUCGAUUCGAUCUCCACCACAUUUAUCUCUCACAACUGCCGCCGAGCAAGAUCGUUCUUCCCAGGAUUACCAACAUUCUCACAACACCACUACCAGCGACAGGCACCCAACACGUACGUCGUACGAGGACAUCAUGUUCUUAGCCGGCAAUGCAACAAAAACCGCUCGAGACCUAAUCCUCUCCCCACCUCAAUCAACUCGGAUCGCGCUCAUGUGCACGGCAUGCAACAGCGACUUCCAAGUCACCGAUCAGGACUCGCUCAGAGCCUUUGCGGGCCAUGUGAUGCAGUGCGACGACAAGGCCAAGGGCCGCGUCGGCAAGGUUUCUAAAUCCUUGUCGUCUUCGAUGGCGGUUCCGAGUGCGACGUUUCAGAGGAUGCGAGCGAGGAUUGGGGAGCGGUUGUUGGGACGAGAGAGUGUUUGUGAUGAGGGUGCUAGCGUUUGUUGA